GUGAUCUCGCGGUGUUUAGCUCACAUUGUGGUGGUCACCGUGGAUAUGGAAUUACUAACACCAAGAGCUUGGAUCAUCUGUGUAUUGUUAACGGUGUGCACGGCUGUGCCCAUUGUUAAGUCGGAACAACUGGAAAGUGUAGCAGCUAAUGGUGUCAAUCAUAGAAAAGGAGUUCAGACGACCAGCAUCUCAGGUGAAAAAACAAAAAGUGGAAACUUCCGCGAAGAAUAUAAAUUUGAUAUGUUAUCCAAAAAUGAAGAACGUAACAAUGGACAGGCUGGUGAUAGUUAUGGAAGGAAAAGUGAAUUGAUAGAUUGUCAGUUUGAUAAAACCUUUACAGCUUGUGUAAAGCUUAGUUUUUUACAUAAAAUUGCCGAAAUCCUUAGGUUUAUUAAAGAAGUAGAUAUACACAAUAAUUCCGUCGAAUUGUCCGGUGGCGUUGAGUCUUCAAGAAGAAAUGUUAUUAGCGAAUUGGACACGUAUGACAAGUGGCGUGAUGGUAUCAGUGAAGGACAGAAGUUACGGCUACUUACUGUGUCAGGAAUUCCAAGCUUAUUCCAGAACAGAAGCUUGAGUUUCACGUUCAUCCCUGGCUUGACAGUAAAUAUUCUGAUCAGCAUCAUCAGGCCGAAUGUUGCUAAUAUAUCUGUCAAACUGAUUCAAGGUGGAGAAAAGAAUAAAAACAAUUAUGUUCACGCAGAUGGUCGUAAUAUGAUGAAGAUUGAGCCGUGGAUGCUGGUCCCGACAGCGCUGUCGGUGGGAAUGUUCCCCUACACACUACUGCAACUCAAGAUGUUCGUCACCUCAGCUAUGACCUUCAGCAACAUGGUCCUGUGGGGCGCAGUCUUCAUGACGCUCCGAAACUUCCUGUUCGGCAACCGCCCCAACGGCGUUAUUGUCUACGACAACCUGGGAUACACGACAGAACCUCCACUGCCACAUAACCCCGGAAUUAGACAGCCCUCACCGCACGGGCCAGCCUCUGAAGUCACCAUGCGACUGCCGUUUGCCUCGUGGGCGCCAAAGUUUCGUCCUUAUUAUCCGCCUAAAGCAUCUUUGGGGCUCCGCCAUCGCCACGUAGCGACGUAGAAGUCAAAUCACUCUUAGACGUUUAAUAUUUUUUUUUUAUUUAAUGGCCUACUGAAGGUACGCCGAACCCUCCAAGAUGUUUUGGACAGCUUCAUUGCUCGUAUCUUAUCAGUUCGUUGUAGUGCUUAAACGGACUAUUCCCUGCGACACACCGGAUCGCCACAAGACGACGUAAUGUGUCCCACUGCUAUAAUCAGGAUUAUGUUCAGAUGAGGUUUACAGACGCCAAGUCUAAAUGCUUCUGAUAAUGAUUAUGAUGAUAAUAUGCAACACUAGAUAUGACGUUUUUCGGACAGUGCAUAUCUUUUUAAAGUUCUUUUUUAACACAGCGUUUCAGAAACCACAUCUGUUUCCAUCAUCCGUUGUAAGAGAACUGGAAAGAGCUGCCAGCUGUUGAGGCUGGCUCUUUCUGACGGAUCCCUCUGGGCACAAAACCUUCCUCUACUGCGCUUCACGGCAAAAACAGAUUCAGUUUCCAAAACAAUAAACUUUGAAGUCGAUUGGCAACGAUCUAAACAGUUGUAUUUAGGAGUUUACUUGUUUAACUCGCUUCCUAACGUCUGAUUUUGCUUGAGUGACAUAAACAGUAGUUCAACUGUGAACGAUUCUGUGAUGAAUGAAUAAACAUUUAUUAGUGAACACCUUGCUUCUUGUUCACCUAUCUGAUCAAAAUUUAUUCCGUAGCCAAAUACUAUGCAAGACUUGAAAUGAUUUUGCUGAUGGACGUCGAAUAUUAUCCUUCGGUUAGGCACGCAUUGUGCACCUUGUCGGUGAUUCAGAAACCUCAGCCGACUUGGACAAUCUCUGUCUCGUAUGCAGUACAUUAUCCGAACCAACUGGGAUGGAUUGAAAUAUAAUAAAUUAACUGCAUUUGCAGUACAUUCAGGAAUAUACACGAGUAUGUCAGCUUUCAAGUAUUUGAAAAAAAAAAUACUUUACAGUUACCCCUCUAUUCUCGUACAAAUUAAGGGCAAAUUAAUUUCGAUAAAUACUUUGUACCAGUCUUUUUGGAAUCUUUUAUGUAGACCUCGGAGAUUACUGUACGAAUUAAUAUAGGAACUAAGCUUGGUCUCUCGCUCUAAUGAAAGAAGAGAGAUUGAGGACGGUGGAGAGCAAAGUUUCAAAAAGACGCCUGAAACUGGAGAGAGAGGAAGCGGCAGGAUGAUGGAAGGAAAUACAUACUGAUGAGCAUCAUGCCCUAUAAACUUCACCAACUAUGUGGAUGGCCAAGCCAGGGAGUAGGCCUAUUAGAGACGACGGUGCUAUGUGAGACGAUAAGAGCAUGUACAAUUUUAGUCCCGUAAAAUGAAGGCAAGGGACCACUUGGGAGCCCUAAGCGUAAAUAGAAUGAUAAUAUUAAACUUAUCUCAAAGAAAAAAGUUAUGAAGAGGUCAGCUGGAUUCAACUAAAUCAUGAGAUCUAUUUGUCGUUUUGUUGCAGAUACAACAAUAGGUGUUUGGGGUUCAUGGAAAGGAUAUUUUCUUGACCAUUCGAGCACACGUACUUUUGUAAUAUAGGAUAUGUUG